UUGAUCUUUCCUCAUUCUCCGUCUCCGGGCCAGCUCUCUCUCGCGUCCGUCUCUGCUCUCUCUAUCUUCUCUCCUCUCUUUUCUCUUCCGCCUUCGAUUUCCCCCAUGUCGGUGGUGGCGUACGAGGGUGGCGGCGGGGGAAAGUUCCCGAAGCGCUCCUCCCGCUGGUCCCCCGCGACGCCCUAUAACCGUCCCCCGGCCGCGGCCCGAGGCCUCCUCCGGGGCCGCCACGCGGCUGCGGCGGAGUCAGGGGGGAGCGGCUGGUUGUCCAAGCUCCUCGAUCCCGCCUCCCGGAUCAUCGCCCGGAGCGCCUCCCGCCUCCUCUCCUCCGUCUCCCGCAAGCGCCUCGCCGAUCCCCCGGCAGCCCCAGAGGGAAACUAUCAAUCUAGACAAGAAGUUCCUGAGGUGCCUUCUAUUAAUUCAUCAUCUGAAGUACAAGAACGGCAUGGCCAUGGUGGAGGGAACCCAAAAGAUAAUCAUGAUGCUGGUGGGGCUCAUCAAGAAAUAAAUCCGGACAGUGGUGGAAUUUCUGAACUUGAACAACUACUGAAGCAGAAAACAUUCACAAGGGUUGAGCUUGAAUGCUUGACAGAAUUAUUGCGUUUGCGAACUAUUGAACCAAGUACAUCACAACCAGCAGUCAAUCAUGAGAAUGAAGAAAAAGCAAAUGUUUCGGGGCAGGGAAUUCAAAACAAGGUGUCUACUGCUGAACCAAGUACAUCACAACCGGCAGACAUUCAUGACCAAAAGGAAAAGGCAAAUGUUCCAGAGCAGGAAGCAGUAGCAUCCUUCAGAUUACAUGGGAGUGUUACAACUCCAUUCAGUUUGGCGAUUCCUGUGGAAACUGCUUCACCAGCAGAAAUUGCUAAAACUUAUAUGGGUUCUAGAUCUUCAAAAGUAUCUCUGUCCACUCUAAGUCUGCGAAGCCAAAUUUUUCAGGAAGAUGCAGCUCCAUAUGCGAGAAAAUCAUUCAAUAUGGCAAUUGCACCAAGAUUUGUUGUCCGCUUUUCUGGAAUACCUGAUCUUACGGAGAAUGGCUAUACUACCCCAAGACCACAUGGCAGAUCAGCAAUAUACAGAAUGUCUCGUUCUCCAUAUUUUAAGGCUCAUCCAAUGACUAACAUCAGGGGUGGCAGACCUGUGGAUGGCUAUUCUGGUCCCUCAACAUCAUCUCAAUGGACAUCAACAAACAUCUUGCAGUCUGGAAGCAAAUUGGCUCUAAAACGGGGGAGUUCAGUCUUACAUAGUGAUGUAGGUUCUUUAGGUCCUAUGCGCAGGAUUUGUCAGAAAUCUAAUUUAAUGUCUCCAUCAAGAAACAUAUGCUCAUCACUUCCUGGAAAUCUUCUUCCAACUCCCUCAUCCCCUCUCAGGAAAGGUGCCAGUCAAGGAUCUACAGCUUUAAAUCGAGAGUCUCUACAUUUAGAUGAACCAAAAUAUGGUUCAUCAGAAAUACAGGACGCAGAAAAUGGAUAUAAUAGAAUUCCUUCAGCAAGCGUUGUUCCCAUUCCUUCCCAGUCCAGUGAGACAGGCAGGAAAAUACUUCAACAACUUGAUAAACUAGUGCCAUCACCAAAAGAGAAAUCAUCUGAACUGAAAAUUGUCGACAGGGAUGAAACGCCAUCUAGGUUGACACAAAAUAUGUUACAUGGAUGGGCUCUCAAGAGGAUGGAAGAUAUAGAUUCAUCUAAGUUUCUGAAAGUGCAAGUCAGUGAUAAUUUGGAUGUUCCUAGCAGUUCCCAUCUGAAAAGCCUCGGAAGUUCUACUUCUCAAAAACAAGAGAGGGCUGGAGAGAAUGACCCAUUAAAGCCUGCCAUUACAGGAACUCAACUGACAUCUGAAGCCGUUGGCGUGAAAAAAUCUGCUAUGUAUGCUACAGAUGCCAAACCUGGUAUGAGGUCUGCAGAUUUUGCCUUUUCAGUUACUGCUGCUGUCCCUUCACAAAAGAAACCAUCAUUCCAGAUGAGUGCCCCUGAGGAUUCUUUGGAUUUGGAUAAUUAUAAUUAUUAUGUCAAAGAUACCUCUGGUCUGGCUUCCACUGGAGAUGAUAAAUAUGAAUUGAUAUCAGAGUGCAAGAAAGAUGGUUCUGGAAAUUUGGAGAAGUCUCCAGGAUCUUCAUCCAAAAGCAUGCCUAAUUCGACCUUGAUGUUGGACAGGGGAUCUGAGGCAAAAGCAUUUGACAGGCCUGGAAGUGAAAAACAUGAUGCCUUUCUUUUUCGUGCUGCUUCUCCAUUCAAGAAUUCUUCCCAGACACCUUCACCACCUAUGUCAACCACGUUGCUUGAGAGAUCAACUCCGCAAAAGGAAGACGUUGCUGGUCCUACAUUUAAAUUUGGCUUUAAAGAGGCACAAUCUUCUACAUUCUCUUCAACUAUGACUGCUGUUAGUAAUCCAGCAAGCCAGAAUUUUGGUGUAAGCAACGAUGCUACAUCAACUUGUUCAGAUGGUUCAAAUUCAGAUAAAGAAGGUAAUCAGAAUGCUGGAGGUGUGUUCAAAUUAUUUGGAAAUGCUGCUUCCUUGGGGUUGUCUUGUUCAACUAGUCCAGCCCUGUUUGCUUUUGGAUCUUCUGCAACACCAACGCUAAGCAAUUGUUCACUGUCUUCAGCCUUGAUGAUUUCUGCUGCCUCAGCCAUGACAUUCUCUGAUGGUCUGGUGACCUCCGUUUUCUCCUCUAGCAUAGUCACUAGCACCAGUUCUGUUAGUCCUACUAUCUCAUCUGCAGUCACUGUAUGUUCCACGAUGCCAACAUUCCAGUUUGGCUCUGGUGCCUCUAUAGGUGCUUCCAUCUCAGUUACACCAUCUCCAAACCAACCUGAUUCUAAAGUUUUGGAAGGAAAGUCUGUUAAGGCAUCCUCUUUUGGCAUAAGCAGUUCCAUCACUCUUGAUUCAGCGGUUGCAUUCUCAAGGACAGGCAGCAACAAUUCUGCUUCAGCAACAUCAUCUGUAUUUUCAAGCAUGGGAACAAGCAGUUCCUCUGUUGUGCAAGAGUCACCAUUAUUUUCAAGCACAGGCAGUGGUUCCAUGGCUCUAUCGACAUCUUCGGUCUCUACAGACAAUGGUUUUUUUGCAACCACUGCUUCAGCGCACUCUAGCGGUGAGAAGUUGUCCUUUGCUAAUAACAGUACUCAGACCUUGCCUUCUUUUGGUGCCACAGGUGGAUCCAUUUUUAACACCCAGGCAACUCAAUCUGGAAAUGGGGUUUCAAAUUUUUCACAAAGCUCCUCAAGUCAGUUUGAUUCCUUUACCUCCCAGCCGGUAUUUGGGCUGACUGGCUCUUCUUCUUCAGGUUCGACUUGCUCGCUAUUUGGGUCUGCAACUCCUGCUACCAGAUCUUUUGCUACAAGUUCCAUCUUUUCUUUUUCCACCAGUGGCAGUUCUUCCAGUUCUGCAAGCAGUGUGUCCUUUGCAUCAACAGCACCUUUUGGUACAAGUUCUGGCUUUUCUUUUUCCUCUGGUACCAUUUCUUCUUCCUCUGGUACCAUUUCUUCUUCCAGCUCUGAUGGUAGGACUUUGUUUGCUCCAGCGACAUCUUUUGGUUCAGGUUCUGUUUUCCCUUUUUUCACUGGCGCUGGUUCUUCUUCCAGCUCUGGCAGCAGCUAUUCCUUUGCAUCAACAGCUGCAGAUACAUUCAAUUCCAUUUCUCGGCCAUCAACAUCGUCCAUUUUUUGUUCCACUUUUGGAUCCACCACAUCCUCACCAUCGACAGGAUUUUCAUUUGGAUUGUCUGCCCCCUCUUCAGCUAGUUCUUUUAGAUUUGGCACAUCAUCUGGGCCAGCAUUCUCAUACACUUCAGCUGGAACCACUGCAACCACCUCUCCCUCGCCUUGCGGAGUACAAAAUCCGGCAGUUAGUUUCAGUUCAGGAGCUCCCGGAAAUGAUCAGAUGAAUGUUGAGGAUAGCAUGGCUGAUGACACCAACCAGGCUUCUGCUCCCGUGGUUCCGACAGUUGGUCAACAGACAAAUUUAACUGCCAACCCAAGCUUUAUGUUCAGCUCUCCAGCUGCUCCAUCCGGUGGGCCAUCAGUCUUUCAAAGUGGGAGCCAGCAGAAUACUUCCAUUCCGCAGAACCCCUCUUCAUUUCAAGCGGCUGGCAGUCUAGAGUUCGCUGCUGGAGGCAGCUUUUCUUUGGGAAGUGGUGGUGGUGACAAGUCUGGCCGCAAGUACAUAAGAGUUAGACGAGAUAAACAUAGGAAAAAGUAGGACAAGAAAAUUUCAAUGGAUCAUUUUUAGAUGCUCUGGUAGAUAUUGCACUGGAAGGAAACUUAUUUUUAUUGCCAUUACAUUGCCGAAUAUUUUGAAGGAAAGAGGUAAAAAUCAUCUGUUGUUUCUCUUGUUAAUGCUCGAUUUUCUGGUAUGGAGGCAAGCCGGCCUCUCCUGGCCCUCAGAAGCUGGUUAGCAGUUUGAUGUUAUGCUUGCUUUAUUUUUAUGCCUUAUUUGUUCUUUUUGGUUGCCUUUGGGCUCUGUUGUUGCAAUUUUGGUUUAUGCAGAUAUUUUUGCAUUUUGGUAUGGUCCCAAGGACUGGCACUCAAUGCUGCUGGUUUGGAUGUACUUGUAACAUAGAUCUCUCUUUAUAUAACUGCUUGAAUGUAAGCUGGGUCAUAUUACUGCUUUUCUUCAACA